GAGUUUUGGUCGGAGCAUGGACAAGCAAGUAGAUACGAAGCUGCCACGCGUCGUCUUCGAGAGCAUUCCACGCCUCUUCGCCUACGACGCGACGCCCCACCACGGUGUCUUUGACCAUUACGAGCGCGAGACGCCGUCCUGGCACGCGCUCACCAAGCUGCCGCUCGUGCAGAUGCAGAACGUCAAGGUGCUCUACUGGGUCCGCCACGCCGAGGGCCACCACAAUGCCGCCGAGCGCUUCUACGGCACGCCGACGUGGGACGCGACCAUCUCACUCUCGGACGAGUAUUUGGACGCUGCGCUCAACGACGCCGGCCUUGCCGACGCCCGGAACCGGUCAACGCACAUGCUCUACGAACGCCAUCUCGGGCUGCCGCUGGACAAGAUCAUCGUGUCGCCGCUCACACGGACGCUGCAGACGGCGCACGAGCUCUUUCGCCUCAACGACUCGAGCGUUCCGCCGGUGCCCAUCGUCGCGAUCGAGAACUGCCGCGAGACGCUCGGCGUGCACACGUGCGACAAGCGCAGUCCGCGGUCAUACCUAGCCAAAGCCUUUCCCAAAGUCAACUGGAGCCUCAUUGCAGACGAAGAGGACACGCUAUGGUCGCCUACCCAUCGCGAGACAGACGCGGAGAUCCAAGCGCGCUGCCAUGCGUUCUUGGACGACGUCUUCACGCGCAUCCCCGACAAGUACAUUGCCGUCGUGUCCCACGCCGGGUUCAUCCAAAACUGCAUGGUGCUUCUGCGGUACCCCAACUACAAGCCAAAGAACUGCGAGACGAUCCCGACCGUGGUCCAGCGCACGUUGUUUGCACCGUCCGUCGUCGCCAAGCAGCUGCCGCCCGCGGAACCCAUGAUGGAGCUCUCGUCGCUCUUGGCGAUGCUGCUCGUGCUGGUUCUCUCUUGCAGAGCUCUGCGCAAGUAGCAUCGACCAAGCGAUGCACACAAAUAGUUAGUUCAAAGCAUAUGUAAUACGAUCGUGGAUGCGACGCC